CGGGGGUUUAGGUCCGGGGACAGCGACAGGUACAGCGACGAAGGUAUCUGGGCUGCUCUGUGUAAUGCUGACAUGGAAGAGCCACGCUGCAGCAUUUAGGACUUUCUCCAGGAUAUGCAGAAGUGAAACAAGGCUCGGGAAGGCAGAAGAGGAUCUGGAAUCAGUCCCGUCCUGGCAUCUCCUUACCAGGGGAUAGUUAUGGUGCAGCUGCCUCUGCUGGAGCUCUGUGUCUGAGACCAUCCAAGCUGACAUGAUUUGGACACAAGACUUCCAGGCAAAAACAUUAUGGAGAAGUAUCUCAAAGGCCUGUUGUGCCCUGAUUCUUUACGGACAUUGAAACGCUUCAUAGGGAGGCGGGUGACAUGUACAACUACACUAUACUUGUUCUUCUCAUUGACAUGCCUGAGUGUUCUUUUCCCCAGCACAGAUGCUGCACAAACCAAUUCUGUGGCUCAGAAAGGAAGGAUUCACUUUGGUUUUGGGUUAAGGACUAAGAAAAAUAGCGAUUUCCUUAUGGUGGCAAAUGGCCCUCAAUCUGUGCACUCCUGCCAUGAUUUAUGCUACCAGAGGCACUCGUGCAAUGUGUUCUGGUUGUUGAAAGACACCUGCAUCCUUGCUGACUGUAGGACUCCUCAUCACUGUCAACCAAGUAAGAUGGACGCCAGAGACUCUCUGUUAGUUUUCUUAGACAAGGAACGCACCUCAUGGACUUUACCAUUUCAUCGUAUGCCAGAUAUUAUAAGCCAGGAAGAAUAUCCUUCUGGAGAAUCGCAUGGGCCAGGACUGAAAAGAGGGACUCUUUUACGAGUUAAAAGACAGGAGGGAGAACUCGGUGAUCGAAUUCUUCAAAAAGAAGUCCCAAUGAAUCCUGCAUUAGUGCAAGAUUCUGCGUCAAAAAGAGACCACAAAACUAUAACGAAUAACACAGCAGGAAACAAAGAAACAGAGCUACAUGCACCACCAUUAAUGCCUAGCACAUUGCCAUUACCUCAGAGUCCCCUUACAACGAGGCCAUCUGCUAUUAUCAAUUCCACAAUUUCACUGCCAUCUGAAGCUUUGCAAGACAUUGGUGAAGAAAAUACAGUCACAUCAGUACCAUCAGCACCAUUCUUAAUACCAAGCAAUACAAGCGCACAUCCAACUCCAGUUCCUACAACUACCAUAACUACAACACCAGUCACAAUCAAGCUCGUGGUGUCUGCUGGGGGCAGUGCUGAAAUCACCUUGCCAAAAAACGAAGUCCAACUGAAUGCCUUUGUUGUUCCAGAGCCUCCUGAAGGAAAAGUAUAUACGUAUGAUUGGAGGCUGAUUACUCAUCCUACAGAUUACAGCGGAGAAAUGGAGGGGAAGCACGCACAGUCACUCAAGUUGUCAAAGCUUACAGCAGGUUUAUACGAGUUCAAGGUAAUUGUGGAAGGUGAAAAUGCACAUGGAGAGGGGUUUGUGAAUGUUACCGUCAAGCCCAAGCCACGAGUAAAUCAGCCUCCGGUAGCAAUUGUGUCUCCUCGCUACCAAGAAAUCUCAUUGCCCACUACCUCUACUGUCAUAGAUGGCAGCCAGAGCACAGAUGAUGAAAAAAUUGUUAGCUACCACUGGGAGGAGCUAAAGGGCCCACUAAGGGAGGAGAAAAUUACAGGAGACACUGAAAUACUUAAACUCACUAAUCUUGUUCCUGGAAAUUAUACCUUUAGGUUAACCGUUGAAGAUUCUGACGGGGCCAAAAAUUCUACUACUGCAAACCUUACUGUAAAUAAAGCUGUUGAUUACCCUCCAGUAGCAAAUGCUGGAGCUAACCAGGUCAUCACACUUCCCAAAAACUUUAUUGUGUUAUAUGGAAACCUAAGCACAGAUGAUCAUGGUAUUGUCAGCUAUGAAUGGUCCUUGAGUCCCAGCAGCAAAGGAAAAGUAAUGGAGAUGCAGGGAGUCAGAACAUCAACUCUUCAGCUAUCAGCUCUUCAAGAAGGAGAUUAUACCUUUCAGCUCACAGUGACAGACUCUGCAGGUCAGCAGUCUACCAGUGAGGUGACAGUGAUUGUUCAGCCUGAAAAUAACAAGCCUCCUCAGGCCGAUGCUGGCCCGGACAAAGAGCUUACUCUUCCAGUAGACAGUACAAUUCUUGAUGGAAGCCGCAGCACUGAUGAUCAGAAGAUUGACUCUUAUCUCUGGGAAAAAACAAAGGGACCGGAAGGUGUGAAAAUUGAAAACCACAAUAGCAGCAUUGCUACGGUUACUGGUCUACAAGGUGGAAAAUAUGAGUUUACACUGACUGUUAAAGAUGACCGUGGCUUGCAGGAUCAGGCAACUGUUAGUGUAAUUGUGACGGAGGAAAUGAACAAGCCACCUGUGGCAAAGAUUGCAGGAAACGUGGUUAUUACUCUUCCAACUAACACAGCAGAGCUAGAUGGCUCCAAGUCUUCAGACGAUAAAGGAAUUGUUACCUACCAGUGGGAGAGAGAUGAGACUAGCCCAGCAGCUGGGGAGGUGUUGAAUAACUCCGAUCACCAUGCAGUCCUGUUCCUCGCUAACCUAGUUGAAGGGACCUAUACCUUCCACUUGAAGGUGACUGAUGCCAAAGGAGAGAGCGAUAGUGACAGAGCUACUGUAGAGGUGAAACAAGACCCAAUGAAGAACAACUUGGUUGAAAUGAUUCUGGAUGUGAGUGUCAACAAGCUGACUGAACGACAGAAGGGAAUGUUUAUGAGACAGAUUGGGGUUCUUCUUGGGGUUUUGGACUCUGACAUUACUGUGCAGAAGAUCCAACUCUACACAGAAAAGAGCACGAAGGUAGUCUUUUAUGUCAAGAACCAGCCUCCUCACUUGGUCAUGAAAGGUUACCAGGUUGCCUGCACUCUUCGCUAUGAACUACGCAAGCAGCAGAGUGAUUUCCUCAUCUUUAAAGCACUCGAGAUUGACACUUUCACUUGCCAGUUAAAUUGUUCUAUGCACGGUCACUGCAACUCUGUUACCAAGCGCUGUGUCUGUGACCCUUUUUGGAUGGAGAAUUUUGUUCGUCGACAGUUUGGUGAUGGAGAAAGCAACUGUGACUGGAGCGUGCUAUACGUCAUUAUCACAAGCUUUCUCUGUGUUGUGGCAUUGGGACUACUAACGUGGUGCAUGGUGUGUUGCUGUAAAAGAAAGAAAGGAAAACCAAAGAGGAAGAGCAGGUAUAAAAUUCUUGAAGCCACGGAUGACCAAGAGAGUUUGGAGCUAAAGUCAAACGUCAAAGCCGGAAUAAAAAUGAAAUCUCCAGUUCAAAAUACAAGUUUGAUGCAUUCUGAAUCUGAGCUAGAGAGCGAUGACAAUGCUUACACCUGGUCAGAUCGAGAGAAGGGAAAACUGCUCCGGCCUCAGAAUGGUUCUUUGCGUAAUGGACAAGCCUCUCACAAAAACAAAAACCAAAGAGAGGAAUUAUUAUAGCUGAAGUGCUAUAGUCUUGUUUUCCGCCCAGGAAUUUAUUUAAUCUGUGCAGCAGUUAAAGCUGCUGAACUGUCCUUUUCACCACUGCUGGUUUACUUUGUGGACAAAGCUGCUACCUUGAACUGCUUUUAAAUAAAUGGAUAUUUUAGUAGAUUUACCAACUAUUUUGCUCUUCUGAGAGAACUGAGGCUGAACAUACUUGAACUGAUAAUUUGUUUCAAUGGGAAAUACUACUGGAUUUAUUUUGAACAUAUUUUUUUUUUUUUUACUAAUUUAAGAAGUUUUUUCUGUACAUGAUCUUGGGGAAACAACUCCCAGGAAUGAGCCACACUGUUAAAUGUACACCACUUUAAAUGCACUACUCUGCCAGUUUUCUGAUGGCAUUGAAGGAUAAAAUGUGAAAUGCACUGGGCAUUUUCUGUAGCCCGAUCUAUGAGCUGUGUUUUUUGUUUUCCUUUCGCUGCAGCAAAUGUUUCUCCCUGUAUUUAAUGACAUAUUUUUUUCCAAAAAAGGUGACAUCCAUUUCUAUGUGUUCACAAAUCUUGGCCAUCAACAAAGGAAAUGUUACAUCUAAAGGAAAAAAAACAUGUUGCAAACCUGUUUUGAGGGGAGAAGAUGUGAGAAACAAAAAAAAAAGAUUAAUGGUGUUCAAUAAAGUCAAACACUGAAUAAAAAAAACAUUCAUAAAUCUUA